AUGCUCAAUGCUUUCUCACCUUUACUGACGUCGUACUACAGACGUCCGCCAUCUUCGCCUGUCCCACCGCUCAAACCGCUGCUCGACGUCGAUUUCAGGUUCGGCAUCCUACCGAAUGCGGGCUCGACAUCCCUGAGCGCCUCACCGGUUAACAUUAGCAUUCGCGUACUCGCUGCAUCCAUUCAGCCCACUACUUGUGUCUCCUACCGCCGCGAGCACCCGACUACUGGACCAGCCUUGCCCGCGUCCUCCGACUGUCGAUGCGGUCACGACCUCGUAUACGAGGUGACCUGCCCGUCCACCACGUUCCUCGACGACCUCGGGACGCGUCGCCAAACGCGGCGGCGGCGACCUCGGCACGAUUUCAUCGCGCCUCGUGCUGCGACCAGCUUUGAUCUCGCCGCGACGCGUGCCCCCACCACGCGAGCUCGGGACCGUCGUCCACGCGCUCGGAGUGUUCCGCCACCGCUCGUGUACUCGGCGACUGCCGUCGCGGCUAGCGAGCGCGCCGUUGAUAAUGAAACGUGCCCCUCGACGAGCAGAGCGUCGGGGAAUGAUGUCGCGACCUACGCCAGUGCGCGGCGCAUCACACGACCGACGCGUGAAACCCAUAGGCGGGACUCCCCACAACGCCGGGAACGUGCGCCGGCCGAUGGGGCCUUGUCGACGACGACCCACGGCACCCGCCGUCGCUGUCGCUGCGGCACGCCGGCCCUAAUUCCCCCCACAAAGUCAGCAACUCUACCAUACCCAUGCUUGGAAUUCGACGUGCCCGACCUCAGGAGAUCCCUCGAUGAUUUCCUCGACCGAGCCAGCUCGAUCGCGAACUGCCGCGAGGCAAUACAAGCCCCACUCGGCUCGUCUCGAGCUCGCAGAGAGGAGGGAAUCAUCAGGAAUGUCCUGAAAGUUUCCCCUCUGCUGCUGUUGGCCUCACUAGAAUCAAUUGAGAGCGCGGUAUACGCUCCCUCGCCUCUAUGCCGCCCGAGACGAGCAGCGCGAAGCGCUGCUCAUGAUAGCGCUGUCCAGACGAAAUGCGGCCGCGACUUUGCACCUCCACCCUCGCUACGACCUCUAGCUUACGCGUCGGCCCCCCACGCCUCUGAGAUCAUGGACUCAUUCGACGAGUUUUCGACUGGAUUCCCUGUUGGGAUGAGCAGAAGGCAGCGUGAAGCGCUGCCCUUUGUUCAAACUCGACCGAGCGGUGUCUACGACUUCCUAUGUCGCAGCGGCUCGCCAAUGCGUUUGAGCACCACCCCCAGGCGCGGGGGAGGCGCUGCCAGUCCAUCUGAAGGGUCGAUAUCGAAAUUGAGCUUGUCCAUGACGCGGAUGCGCACGAAUAUGCAUUCCGCACGUCGAAGAGGUCUAGCUCAGCCAGAGAGAGCGCGGGGAGGGGUCUUUGAAUGCGAUCUCGUCGCUCUCAAGCGAUCCAGCUCGUCUCAAGGAUGCUAG